CAGCUUCUGCCCUCCUUGCCAUUGGCAGCCCUACUAACUGCAUAUAAUUAUAGAGAAGUUUGUAAGAUCAUGUUUCUGUGAGAGUAUUUACAUUUAAAGAAAAACAUUCUUACAGGCUGGGUGUGGUGUGCAUUCCCAGCACUUGGGAGGCAAGAGACAGGUGCAUCUCUGUAAUUUCAAGGCUAGCCUGGUCUACAGAGUGAGUCCAGGACAGCCAGGGCUACUCCACAGAGAAACCCUGUCUAAAAAAACAAAACAAAACAAAAAGAAAAAUAAAAACAAAAAUCCGAUAAAAACAAAUAAAAAAUCCUACUUUCUUAGAUGUAUUCAGUUACAGACUAUUUUUUAGAUAAUUUGAUAAUAUAUAGAUAAUAUAUAUUAGGCUGAAUAGGAAUAUCUGUUUGAGCUUAUUGUGUGAGCUUGUAAAUAGUAUUCUUAUAAAUGUUUUAUCAAGUAAAACAAGGAAACUGAAGCUUUCUUUUUAGUUGUGACUAUCUAAAGUCUUCAGGAGCCCAGGAAAUGUUAGGCUUUUCUGAAGUCCUCUGGGAACCUUGCUAAUGCUGCAGUCUCCUUUGUAAACCAAGUGUACCAUGUGUUCCAACCCGUCCAGUUGAAGCACCCUAUGCAUGCUGUUUUUCUUGUGUAUACAUGUCUUCAACAAAGUAUAAUUCAUAGGUUAGGCAUAAUAAGAGGUUGACAGGAAUAAUAAAUAACAAAAUAGAGUAAAUAAACCAUGAAUUAAGAAUAAAAGUUCUGUGAUGUGUUACUUUUUAACUGUCAUUUGUGCAGGUCGAAUAUAUCAUUUGGAUACUCUGGACAAUUCAUGUUCUUGCCAGAAAAGCACAAGAUUUUAUUAAACUACAUAGGACACUCAUUUAACACUUAAUGGGCUGUUUUGAUUUCUGGAAUUUUCCAUCAGUGCUUUUCUUACGGUGAUGAACUGUUAGCUGAAACCACAAAAAUCUGACAUUAUAGUUGAAUGACUCCUGAACUUGCAAGAUAAAAUUUUGUAAUUUGUAUUUUAUUUCUUUUCUGUUUCUAAGUUAUCUAUUUAUUUUGUGGACAGUAAUUUUGUACAGCACCAAAAAACUCCUGACGGAAAAUCUCAGCCUAGACACUGAUGCUAGGGAGGUACUGAAUGCAGGCAGUCUCCAAAGUCCAUUCAACUUACUCUGUUUUUCAUCUCAGCUAACCAAACUAUCCUUUUUCUAGUAUUUCUGUUUUACAAAUCCCAAACAAUUGCAAUGUCAUAUUUUUUCCUAAAAGUUUGAAUAGAAAAACUAGGGAACUGUACAGAAUUGUAUAAAACAUAAAUAAAUCAGUAAGUGGUUUACUAGGUUACCAGUGGUAACAUGUGGAAAUACAAAGGUGGGCACGUAACUGAAGAACUGGCUGGGGACCGUCUGGAGGAAGAGGUGUCUCAGUCAGAUGGAGUCUGCCGCACAACUCUGCAUGGCCACUUGUCACAGCUGGGAUCUUUUUCUUGGUGAAAAAAGUUUUUAAGGCAAAAAGGAGGUGUCAAAAAAAUGCUCUAUCUGUUCUUGUUUAUUUUACUUAUGUAGAUUGUUGUAGAUGCAUAGCCUUGGUUUCACAGAAGGACAACCUUUCAUAGCCUUUCGGUAGAGAUCUACAGUGUUUCUGAAUAACUUCCUUGCACGAAAUGUGCCAAAGGGACGCACCUGUGCUGGGAGCUUAUCGUUCCUCUUCACAGUUGUGUCCUGUGUCCUCUGCUCUCCACCUAGCAGAGUAGUUUACUGACCGUGUAAGUCUGAAACAUUCAGCACCCUAAAGUGCCUCACAGAAAAAGACAAUAAAAAAGCCAGCACAAAUCUUCAUAGCACUUUAAGUCGUGCCUUGGUGAUGGUCACCUCGUCUACCUUUUGGCUUAUUUCCUUCACUUCCAUCCAUAUUAGGCUGGCCUCUUCCUGUUUCACAUGUACAGGCACGGAUGUCCUUUUGGCUGGCUCCCGUAAGUCUUUCUUUAGUCAUUAUUGAAGGCUAGUCUUCCAUUGGACCAUACUUCCUUUUCUUUUCUUUUUUUGUAUUAGAUGUAUUUCUUUACUUAAAUUUCAAUUGUUAUUCCCCUUCCCGGUUUCCUGUCCAUAAGUCUCCGUCCUCUCCCCAUUCCCCGUACGGGUAUUCUCCCCAUCCAUCCGCUUUACUGCCCCCCAUAUUCCCCUGCACUGGGGGUCCAACCUUGGCAGGACCAAGGGCUUCCCUUUCCACUAGUGCCCCAACAAGUCUAUUCCCUGCUACAUAUGCAGUUGAACCUACUUCCUUUUCUGUUCCUUGUUUUUCCGACACUCAUGAUCCUUCAUGUCGAAUUCCCAUGCCACUUACUGUGUUCAAAAUAUUAUAGGAUGGCUUCUUUAUCACAUCUGCUCCAAAGCUGAGAAAGAAGAGACUAUUUUGUUAGUAAAUCUCCACAUGAGAGGGCUCUGUCCUCAAAGUCUUCUUGCUUCCCAUCUUAUGAAUGUUCUGUGCAGAUUUUUUCUAAUUCGCAAGAAUGUUUCUAGCUGUUUCCAUGUAGGUUAAGGCUUUCCCAAGGUAAACAGCCCCUUCUUUUCUCUAGCUUUCACAUUUUGUCCUUAUCAGUUUUAUAUUGCAUCAGGGCAAUGAUUUGAUGUCAAGUCCAAAUUGCUUAGCUGACUUUUCUGACCUGAGUUUCUUUCCUGAGAGCUUGGCCUCCCACCUCUCUUACUUCGGGGUAAAGGCCCGAGAGAAGUGGUUGCCAAAUUCCUGCCAGCUCAGACGGAAGGAGAGUGGAAAAGCUGUGUGGAGAAUUCAGGCAAUAAAACCUCAAUUAAAGUUUACACAGAUGGGGUUGAGUCUCUCAACUCAGUUACUGAAAGGCCAUGUGAAGCUGGGAAUUGCCACUAGAGCAUUGCUGGAGCUGUAGAGUUCUGCUUUGAUCUCUUCUGUAUUUUUUUCUGUUAAGAUUUCUGAUAGAAAGCAAGUUGACUUUUGAAAAGUUUUGAAAACUACUAAAAGCAGAUACUAGAAUGAAUGUAAAAGUAUGAAAUUCAGUAUUGGUGAAUCGAAUAUGUAAGACAAAACUCUGUGUGUGUGUGUGUGUGUGUGUGUGUGUGUGUGUGUGUGUGUGUGUCUGUGUGUGUGUGUGUGUGUGUGUGUGUGUGAGAGAGAGAGAGAGAGAGAGAGAGAGAGAGAGAGAGAGAGAGAGAGAGAUACACAUGCACAUUCAUUCUCUGCCUGUCAUUUUUAGGUACCCAGUGGCUAGAUCAGUGGUGCUUUUCAGCAUGAUACUCAAAAAUGUAUGAUGAAUGUCUAAAAGUACAAAGUUUGUUGAAAACACCAUGUUCCGUAUUUAUUUCAUCAAAUAUUUAAGUCAUAAUGUAUACAUUCCUCUUGCUUUGCAAAAUUAUGAACUUAAAAUGACAGUUUGUGGGCCAAAUGGAGUGUGCUACCAGACAGAAGAACUGGCAAGGCUGAAUGAGCCCGAACCCUGGGUCUCAGAAUUGAGAACAGUGGGAGUGGGGCCAACGCCCUAAGUCUAAGUCUACCUGCUCUGGAAUACAUAGCCAUGACACUCCACUGAGAGGACCAUGACAAUCAAAUGCAAAUAGAGAUCCCUAGUGUCUCAGAGUGAGGCAACAGGAAGCAUCUACCCCUGAAUCCCACUCUACUGCUCUAUGUUUGUAAAGUCCUGAUCUACAUGGAGGAACGUGCAGGUGUUAUUUCAUUGAGAUUCAGCCGAGAGUGACUGCUUUACUGAGCCGUAAUACAUAGGAGAGGAGUUCUCUCUCCUAAAGCAUUGUUGCUGGACCUUGGAUUAGCCUAGCAGGACAGGCUCACGCUCCUACUGUUCCUGUCCCUGCCCCUGCCCCUGCCCACCGAUGUCCCUGCUGCUGGCAUUGGUGCUGUCACAGUUGUGGGCAAGACCCAGCUAUCUGCCCCAUGAGGGCUUUCCUUCUAAGAGCCAUAACACUGUCCAUUUCUGGCUGGGCCAGAGACCCAUGGAACCUAUUCAUCGAGGUUCCGUGGAGGAAGACAACAGUUAACGGAAAACAAAAGUGGAUGGAAUAGAUGACUCGAAAUCUGUGUAGCCUUGGACCCUGAUCACUAACAUUCACAAUUGGACGCUUGAGGAUACCCUGCAGUGGUUGAUAGAAUUUGUUGAACUCCCACAAUACGAGAAGAAUUUUAGGGAUAAUAAUGUGAAAGGAACAACACUUCCCAGGAUAGCAGUUCAUGAAACUUCAUUUAUGAUUUCCCAGUUGAAAAUCAGUGACCGGAGUCACAGACAGAAACUUCAACUCAAAGCACUGGAUGUGGUUUUGUUUGGGCCUCUGACACGCCCACCUCAUAAUUGGAUGAAGGAUUUUAUUCUCACAAUUUCCAUAGUAAUUGGCGUUGGAGGUUGUUGGUUUGCUUAUACACAAAAUAAGACAUCAAAGGAACAUGUUGCAAAGAUGAUGAAAGACUUAGAAAGCCUACAAACCGCAGAGCAGAGCCUCAUGGACUUACAGGAGAGACUUGAAAAGGCACAGGAAGAAAACAGAACUGUUGCUGUCGAAAAGCAAAAUCUGGAACGAAAGAUGAUGGAUGAAAUCAACUACGCCAAGGAGGAGGCCUGCCGGCUGCGGGAGCUGAGGGAGGGCGCAGAGUGUGAGCUGAGCAGGCGCCAGUAUGCGGAGCAGGAGCUGGAGCAGGUCCGCAUGGCUCUAAAAAAGGCUGAAAAGGAGUUUGAACUGAGAAGCAGCUGGUCUGUCCCUGAUGCACUGCAGAAAUGGCUUCAGCUAACACACGAGGUUGAAGUACAGUACUAUAAUAUUAAGAGGCAGAAUGCCGAGAUGCAGCUAGCCAUCGCUAAGGACGAGGUUGCUGCCUCAUAUCUGAUGCAGGCAGAAAAAAUUAAAAAGAAAAGAAGCACAGUCUUUGGGACCCUGCAUGUUGCACACAGCUCCUCCCUGGAUGAAGUAGACCACAAGAUUCUGGAAGCCAAGAAAGCACUCUCUGAGCUGACGACAUGUUUGCGAGAACGGCUUUUUCGCUGGCAGCAGAUUGAGAAGAUCUGUGGCUUUCAGAUAGCUCACAACUCUGGCCUCCCCAGUCUCACCUCCUCUCUGUACUCUGACCACAGCUGGGUGGUGAUGCCUAGAGUCUCCAUUCCACCUUACCCUAUUGCGGGAGGAGUCGAUGACCUGGAUGAAGAUACACCCCCAAUAGUGUCACAGUUUCCAGGGACCGUGGCUAAGCCUGCUGGGUCUUUAGCCAGAAGCAGUAGUUUAUGCCGCUCUCGUCGAAGCAUUGUGCCAUCCUCCCCACAGUCUCAGCGAGCUCAGCUUCCUGCACAUGCUCCUCUGGCAGCCCACCCUCGGCACCCUCACCAUCCCCAGCACUCAUUACCUUCCCCAGAUCCAGACAUUCUCUCUGUGUCAAGUUGCCCUGCUCUGUAUCGGAACGAAGAAGAGGAGGAGGCUAUCUACUUCACUGCUGAGAAACAAUGGGAGGUACCAGACACAGCUUCAGAAUGUGACUCCUUAAACUCUUCCAUUGGGAGAAAACAGUCUCCUCCUUCAAGCCUUGAGAUAUACCAAACAUUGUCUUCUCGAAAAAUAUCAAGAGACGAGCUUUCCCUGGAGGACUCUUCCAGGGGGGACUCACCCGUGACAGCAGAUGUCUCCCGGGGCUCCCCUGAGUGUGUGGGCCUGACGGAAACCAAGAGCAUGAUCUUCAGCCCUGCGAGCAGAGUGUACAACGGCAUCCUGGAGAAGUCCUGCAGCAUGCACCAGCUCUCUAGUGGCAUCCCGGUGCCUAAUCCUCGACACACGUCCUGCUCCUUGGCUGGCAGUGACAGCAAGCCAGUUCAGGAAGCCUCCAGCGUUUCCAGAGUAGGCAGCAUCCCGCACGACCUUUGUCAUAAUGGUGAGAAAAGCAAAAAGCCAUCAAAAAUCAAAAGCCUUUUCAAGAAGAAGUCCAAGUGACUCGGCUGAUGAGAUGGAAUUCCAUUCAAGAGGCAUCUGUAAACUUUUAUCUCCCACCCUCCACUCCGUUUUUAUUUUAAUUUUAGGAAUGUAACUCCAUUGGGGCUUUCCAGACUCGAUGCCAUAGUGGAAAUGUCCUUAAGGGCAACUGUCCGCUGUCUGCUUAAACUGACUACGCCAUCAGUCCAUCUAGUCAGGCAUUACCGAAAAGUCAUCGGGAGGAGGCAGUUUACAGUUAUUUCCGCCUAUUUAUUUCUGCAUUGAUGUUAGUGAUGUAUACACAGCAUUCUGUCGAAAGCCGCUAUGGACUUACAAGCUUUAAUGGACUGUAAGCCAGCAUGGGCUUGCACAAUUUUCUUGUUUACCAGAAUAUCUUCUUAUCUUUCCACAGAGCUGUUUCCAUCAUGGACUAAAUAACUUAAAAGAAGUAAAACUGAUUGCACUAUUGUUUUCCAGACCGGGAAACCAAUCUCUGCAAGUAAAACUGUAUAGUUUAUAAAAUGACUGUGGACAGGGGACUGUUUUCACUUUUAGAUAAAAUGGGUUUUUAAGUAGAAACUAGGGUUUCUAAUUGACUCGAUUUCUGGAAAUGAAAACCCACACUUUUAUUAUGGGAUGCUUCCUCAAAUGCAUUUAUUAUUAUUAUAAAGUUUCAAGUCCUGCUGUAAAGACCAUGUUGUUUUGUUUUCCCCAGGGCUUUCACUGUGAUUUACUGCACUGCAGGCUGUAUGAUAAAAUAUAAAUAAUGUAAAGACAGAAGGCUCUUGAUUCCUUGUACAAGUGGAAGAGUUAAGACUUGAUCGAAGGACUUAAAACAUUCACAUGCUUAAACUGAGGUUGGGGGUGUGGGGAUUCAGGCACUUGUUUACAGACUUUGAAUAAAUGCAAAGAAUUUAUGGUUUGUGAAAAAUUUGUACUGUGGAAAAGAUAAUAAAUUGGAGACAUUA